ACACCGCUCCCGCUGUCGUCGCGCCUCAGCCCUCGGGCACAGGGGACAGGGCCGCGGCCUGCUCCCUGUCGUGGGCCCGGGGCUGGCCCGUCAGGCGCCAGGGCACCCCACACCCCGGCAGGAAAGUCGGGGAGCCCCGGAAGCCGCCCCACGUACGGGCAGGCGGCCGCUAAACAGCCGCUUCAGCCGCCCUCCCCUCUCCCACCCCCCCGGGGCGCGGCUCGGGCCUUCUCCGCUCGCCCCGCCCGACGGGGCGUCGCUCGGCCUGGGCAGCGCAUCGGCACUCCGUUACUCUGGCCUGGCUCGACGCGCUCGGCGCUCGGCUGGGGGCGGGGCGCGCCUCCUCUCCCCCCCCCCCCCUCGCUCGGCCCUUCCCCCCGCGGCGAGCAGGCGGCUUCGGCACGCGCCGCCCGCCCCGCCGGCGGCGGCGAUGUCGAGGAGCUCCCGGGCGGUGCUGGCCGUCUCCGCGCUGCUCUCCGCCGCCACCGUGGUGGCCGUGCACGUCCAGCAGCGGCGGGAGCGGGAGAGGCUGCACAGUGGAGUUCUCAGAGAUCUUGAGCGUCAAAGUCAGAAAAAGGAGAAUAUUCGCCUGCUAGAAGAGCAGAUUGCUUUGACAAAGCAGCUUAUGGAAGAAAGAGACAAGGCGCUAAUGGAAAAAGGGUCCCAGCAGUCCUAG